AUGACACGCGCUCACUAUUAUCGUUCUCAUCCUCCAGUCGCUGGUAUGCUCAAUAAGCUGCAUGGUCAGCCAGAAAGUUAUGAUAAGAAAGCCAAAUAUAAGUUCGGUCGAACACUCGGUGCUGGGACCUAUGGAAUCGUCAGAGAGGCAGAUGGCCCUACAGGAAAGGUCGCCGUCAAGAUUAUUCUCAAGAAAAAUGUCAAGGGAAAUGAACAGAUGGUUUAUGAUGAACUUGAAAUGUUGCAAAGAAUGAAGCAUAAGCAUAUCGUCAAGUUUGUGGAUUGGUUUGAGUCGAGAUUGGCUAUCGGUGGAGAGUUAUUUGAUCGAAUCUGUGAACAAGGAAGGUUUACGGAAAAAGAUGCUUCGCAAACUAUUCUACAAGUCCUCGAGGCUGUGGAUUACCUUCACGACAACAAUGUUGUUCACAGAGAUCUGAAACCUGAGAACUUACUUUACCUUACAAAAGAUCCUCAUUCCGACCUCGUACUCGCAGAUUUCGGUAUUGCCAAGAUGCUCGAUACAAAAGAUGAAGUUCUUACAACAAUGGCUGGGUCAUUUGGUUACGCUGCUCCUGAAGUUAUGUUAAAGAAGGGACAUGGAAAGCCGGUAGAUAUGUGGUCUAUGGGUGUCAUCACCUAUACACUUCUCUGUGGUUAUUCUCCUUUCCGAAGUGAGAAUCUUCAAGAUCUUAUCGAUGAGUGCAGCAAUGCAAGAGUUAUUUUCCAUGAAAGAUAUUGGAAAGAUGUCAGUGCUGAUGCAAAGGAUUUCAUUGGACAUCUCUUGCAACCAGUUCCAGAAGAUAGAUCUACAAGCAAGGAAGCGCUGGCGCACCCAUGGUUAAGCGGAGAAAAUGCCACCGAUCACAACUUGCUUCCAGAAAUCAAAGCUUACAUGGCCAAAGCACGUCUCCGUCGUGGUAUCGAAAUGGUCAAACUCGCUAAUCGUAUCGAAAUGCUCAAAAUGCAAGAAGACGAUAGUGAAGAAUCAGAUGUCCCCGGAAAUUCUCACGCUGCAGCUAGCGACGCUAUUCCUGGUAGCCCGGAAAGGAAAAAUACUGGUUCAUCUUCAGCUUCUGGAUCUACAUCCCCUGGAGAAAGGAGAAGUUUGAGUAAAGUAGCCAAGGGGGCAAUUUUCAGGGAAGUGGUAUUGGCGAAGGUUAGAGAAGUUAAGGCGGAAGAAGCAGCAGCACAAAUCGAAAGACAAGCAACAGAAGCGGCUAAGAAGAAGAAUCAUACUCAUUAA